GAUAAAAUACAGUAAGAUCCAUGAAAAUUGUCAGUUAAACCAUCUAAAAAAUUACAAAUAAUUUUUUAAAUAAAUGCUUGAUAUCACGGGCGUAGAUUGGGCCUUUCUACCUCUUGUAUUUUUUAGUACUCGUUUUGGAAUCAGAGAUGUACUCGCUUUCAACUCGUACAAGAAAACUUUACACUCGGUCUAAAAGAGCGCAUUUUACGCCCUCGGUACACAAUAUACUAUUAAUUUAUUUUCGAUUUUUAUUUAAUCAUAAUGUAUCUUUCAGAGAAUGCUCAGCGACGUUGAAGCGGAUGGCGAAAAAAAAGAAUUCCGGGAAAAAGGAGCUGCCAAAAUUCUUGCCGUUCAAAACGGUGGAUGAACUGUUGGCAUUCCAAGAAAUUUCCCCGGAGGAUUAUAACGACGUUGUUGACUAUUUGGAGUAUUUAGGAGGCUAUAAUGCUUCUGAUGCCGCUGCCAUCUACUUGAAGUAGUGCUUUCAGCCAACGGCAGACCUCGUGGAGAAGGUGACUUGGCUUGGCUCGCGGAAAUACGGCAUAAGCGCGUUAAAAGAUACGCGAUUUGUGCAAGCUUGUGAAGAAGCCAUGACACAAAAUAAAAGGAUUGGGGAGCCCACCAAGACGGACUUAGCCACGGCGAUGACAAAAGCACUAAAGUGCGUAAAAGAAGAGUACCGCCGCCGGAAGGCCAGGCGUGCUGCUGGCAUACCUUUGGAAAAUGGGCCACCCCUACAAAGAAGGAGGGUCGAGGAGGCCAAAAAUAAUGGAAUCGACGACGGCGACAAGCUCGGUGACGACGAGCCUGGCGGCGGCGAAGUUGGAGGUGGCGGUCUUGGCAACGGCGAGGUCGAAGACGGUGAGGUUGGAGACGUCCGCGGACUUGGCAAUGACGAGUUUGGCGACGGCGAGCUUGGCAUUGGCGGCGAACUUGGCGGCGGGAGCAUCACUGACGGCUACGGCGAGAUUAGCGACGGAGACUUCGGCGGCGACGAGAACGACAUCAUCGGCAACGGGAACGACACCGAGGAACUGGGCGUUGGCGGGCAAGAAGACGACGAAAACGAGAUCGGCAAUGAUGACGGCGAGUACGGCGAUGACGCUGGCGAAGGCGAGUACGGCGAUGACGACGACGAGAGCGACCGCACUGCCCUUGUCAGCGAUCACGACAAGGAACGCAGCAACGAUCCUGAUAACGCUGCAAUUUUUGAGUAUUUAUUUAUAAAUAAAAGGUACGUUAUUUAA